AUGGGGUUACGUGUCCUUACAUGCAGCGAUUCCUUGCAGUGGCUCCUUCUCGCCAUCACCACGUGCCUCGGCUUCCGCAUCGUUCUGAAGCAAUCUUUGUCCCUUCUCAGAUGGAUUUUCCAAACAUUCCUCCGAUCUGAAAAGGACCUCAUCGGAAGCUACGGCGCCUGGGCUCUCGUCACCGGGGCCACCGACGGCAUCGGCAAAGCAUUCGCCUACGGACUCGCCCGCCGCGGCCUGAACCUCAUUCUCGUCAGUCGAAGCUCCGACAAGCUUCAAACAGUCUCGGAUGAAAUCCGAGCUGAUUUCCCAAGCUGUGACAUCCGAACCGUCGAGAUCGACUUCGCCGGCGAUACCGACGGAGGAAUCAGGCGACUGAAGGCGGCGAUCAAGGAUGUGGUGGAUCUAGGGAUUUUGGUGAACAACGUCGGGAUCACGUAUCCCGAAGCGAUGUAUUUUCACGAGGUGGAGGAGGAAGUGUGGAUGAAGAUCGUGAAGGUGAACGUGGAGGGAACAACGGCGGUGACGAAGGCGGUUGUGGACGGAAUGAUAAAGAGAAGAAGAGGUGCGAUCGUCAACAUUGGAUCGGGAGCUGGGAUCGUUGUGCCUUCACAUCCUCUUUACGCCAUUUAUGCAGCUACAAAGGCCUACGUGAGGCAAUUUUCAAGGUCUCUCUAUGCGGAAUAUGCACGUCAUGGCAUCCAUGUGCAGUGUCAGGUACCGCUGUACGUGGCGACGAAGAUGGUGGCGAGAGUGGCGGCGAUAGAGAAGACGUCGUUGUGGAUAGCGUCGGCGGAGGAGUACGCGGAGGCCGGAAUAAGGAGGAUAGGGCAUGAAGCAGAAUGCAGCCCAUAUUGGAGUCACUCCCUUCAAUGGUACUUUGCUUCCUUCCUGCCUCACUCUCUUCUUGACUCUUGGCGUCUCAAUGUUGCUCUUCGCAGAAGCCCACACCUUCGUCGCCUGUAGC